AUACUCAACAAAUUCAAAUAACGUUUGAACUAAAAGCGAGAAGAACCACAGCAGCUAAAAUGGAGUCUCAGGUGCGUCAGAACUACCACCGCGACUGUGAGGCCGCAAUCAACAAAAUGGUCAACAUGGAGCUGUUUGCUUCCUACACCUACACCUCUAUGGCCUUCUACUUCGACCGUGACGAUGUGGCCCUUCCAGGUUUCUCCCAUUUCUUCAAGGAGAACAGCCACGAGGAGAGGGAGCACGCGGACAAACUGCUGUCCUUCCAGAACAAGAGAGGAGGACGCAUCUUCCUGCAGGACGUCAAGAAACCUGAUCGUAAUGAGUGGGGCAGUGGGCUGGAAGCCAUGCAGUGCGCCCUGCAGCUGGAGAAGAACGUCAAUCAGGCUCUGCUGGACCUGCACAAGAUGUCCUCUGACCGCACAGACCCUCAUCUGUGUGACUUCCUGGAGUCUCACUACCUGAACGAACAGGUGGAGUCCAUCAAGAAGCUUGGUGACCACAUCACCAACCUCACCCGCAUGGAUGCUCACACCAACAAGAUGGCAGAGUAUCUGUUUGACAAGCACACCCUGGGCAGCAAGAGCUAAAGAGCCUGGAGGAACAUUCCAGAUGCAGACCUUAAACCUUUCUGCUCUGCCUGCUGGAAGAUUGGGAAAUGUCUGAAAUCUGUUUGAUUCUGUCAUGACUCUGAUUCACCUUGAUGUUUCAAACUGAAUAAAACUGAAUAAACAAUUGGAGCUGAA